CAAAACUAAAAAGCUUGGAAUUUUCACCUUUUCCGACUUAUACAACACUUUUUUCCGCGUCUCUUCCUCUACCUUCAUCACAUCCCAUUCAUUCAUGUUUUAUGCAGUUCUUGUAUGCAGACAAAGUGUUUGUCAUAAUGGGAGCUCACAAAAGCAUCCAUGCUGGCAAAGCAAAGCUUGACAUUGGAGUUAAUUUCAUUCACAAUCUCUGUAGUUCUUAUGUGCUCUCUCCUCCCAGGCUAUCUAGUAGUAAUCCAUUUUCUCUGGCUGCUGGCAGCUUUUGCUUUAAGCAUCCUGAGUUAUUUAGUAAAAGUGAUCUGUUUGAUGUAUCAUGGCACAAGGGGCUGCAUGAUUCAAAUCUCUUGAUCUCUUACAGGUACCCUAGACCUCUAUGUCUUGGCCAGAAGUGUCUUAUCCUUCAGCAUUCAGCUUCACCUGAGAUUAGGAUCCAUGGAAUUCCCAUGAACAAUUUCUCCCAUUCUACAAGUCGAGGUGUCAGGUUGUCAAAAUUAUCAAUCGGAAUGGAUAUAAAUGAGCCGUCAACCUCUAAUUGGAGCAGCAUAACUGGUGUAUAUUUUAAGCAUUUUCAUUUUAGAAAUGAUGGUGGCCGCUCUAUAAGCAGAGAUCUAGAUGGUUUUCCAGUGACAUCCAGUGGAGAUUCAUUUGACAACAUGUUAGUGAUUAAUCAAGAAUCUCGAUUUGAAGAUGCAAACGAUCAUGGAUUUAGUCACUUCAGUGUACAAAUGCAACAAGGGAUUCCACUUGGACCAAACUUGCUAACCUUCAACCGGUUUAAGUUUUUUGCUUCAAAAGGAGUCAAACUUGGACCAGCACUUUUCACCUCCUGGUUGAGUGGUGGCUCAAUUGUAGGACCCAUUGCUCCACAUCAAGCAUUUGCCAUCGGCGGUCCGAGUAGUGUGCGAGGCUAUGGUGAAGGUGCAGUUGGUUCUGGACAAUCAUGUUUGGUGUCUAAAAGUGAAUUAGCAGUUCCAUUGAACAAGAAGCUGACAGGUGUUAUUUUUUUGGACUGUGGAUCUGACUUGAGAAGUAGUCAUAAGGUUCCUGGAAAUCCAGGACUGAGGCAGGGUAAACCAGGAUCCGGGUAUGGAAUCGGAUAUGGAGUUCGCUUCAAAACUAAUUCGUGUCAAAUAAACGUUGAUUAUGCCAUCAAUGCCUUUCACCAAAGAACUGUCUAUUUUGGAAUUAGCAAUCUGGUUUUAUGAACACUGACUUGGCCUAACUUUGCCAAAAUAUGCAGGCUCUUCUUCGUUCUUUACAAAAGCAUGAUGUAUAAUUGUAUAUAUACUCUCAUUAUUUGCAAAACAUUGUUGUUAAUGUGAAUUUUGAGAAAAUUUCUCGAACGAAAUGUUCAAGAAUUUGGUUAAGUCCAAAAACAUGCUGAAGAGAAUUUAGCCAUAGUAGCUAAAAGAGCUCAUUUUAACUAAAAAGUUGAGGUUCUAGCCAAAAGUU